CCAACACUUAUUUUAGUGUGUGACCAUACAGUUGCUAGACAGCAACAUAUCGACAUCGCAGUGACUAUCAUUGGACGAAAACUCGUAAAAAACUCUUCAAAAUUGUUCGUUGACACACAGGUUCGUGCAUUUUGCGGGUCAAGCGCGAACCCAACACACUUUGCCCCAAGAAAGACAAGGGCUUUAGUCAACAGAAAAUAAUGACUUGUCAAAGAGAUAGUAGGUAAAAAGUGAGGGGACUUUGCGCUGUGUUGAGUUUCCCUCAGCGCUGCCAUUUUCGCGCAUCCCGCCUGUGGUCAUACUGCAACGAGACGGAAUAGUAAUUUUUUCUCAAGAUUAAAACUUCAUAAAAACUUACACGCAAAUUUGCAUAUUGUGGUGUCGUGUGUGGCCUAAAAUAUAAGAAACAAAGUAAACGCUAGCAGGAGAACACCAACGUGUGCAGCGGCGUACGUGAGUGUGUGUGUGGUGGCAAAGAGAGAGAGAGAGAGCAGAAAGAAAAAAGAGAGAAACAAAACAGCCAAAUUCAACAAACACAGCAACACACAUCACAAUGAUGAAAAUGGAGACUGACAAAAUAAUGGACGAAACUAACUCCAAUGCCCAAGCGUUCACAACCACAAUGCUGUAUGAUCCGGUGCGCAAGAAAGACUCAUCGCCCACCUACCAGACAGAGCGGGAUCUCUGUUUCCAGUACUUCACCCAGUGGACCGAGGCGGGACAGGUGGACUUUGUGGAGCAGUUGCUGUCCCGCAUGUGCCACUAUCAACAUGGCCAGAUCAACGCCUAUCUCAAGCCGAUGCUGCAGCGCGACUUUAUCACACUUCUGCCAAUCAAGGGUCUGGAUCAUAUUGCCGAGAACAUAUUAUCCUACUUGGAUGCCGAAUCGCUCAAAUCAGCCGAACUGGUCUGCAAGGAAUGGCUGCGCGUCAUCUCCGAGGGCAUGCUCUGGAAGAAGCUCAUCGAGCGCAAGGUGCGCACAGACUCGUUGUGGCGCGGACUGGCCGAGCGCCGCAAUUGGAUGCAGUACCUCUUCAAGCCCCGCCCGGGCCAGACCCAGCGACCUCACUCAUUCCAUCGCGAAUUGUUCCCCAAGAUAAUGAAUGACAUCGACAGUAUAGAGAACAACUGGCGAACUGGUCGGCACAUGCUGCGAAGGAUUAAUUGCCGAUCGGAGAACUCCAAGGGUGUCUACUGUCUGCAGUACGAUGAUGGUAAGAUUGUUUCCGGUCUCCGGGACAACACCAUCAAGAUCUGGGAUCGCACGGAUCUGCAGUGCGUUAAGACUCUGAUUGGACACACUGGAUCGGUGCUGUGCCUGCAGUACGAUGACAAGGUGAUCAUUAGUGGUUCCAGCGACUCCACAGUUCGUGUCUGGGACGUGAAUAGUGGCGAAAUGGUCAACACCCUCAUCCAUCACUGCGAGGCGGUGCUGCACUUGCGCUUCAACAACGGCAUGAUGGUGACUUGCUCCAAGGAUCGCUCCAUUGCCGUGUGGGACAUGACCUCGCCCAGCGAGAUAACACUCCGCCGAGUACUCGUUGGCCACAGAGCUGCCGUCAAUGUGGUCGACUUCGAUGAGAAGUAUAUUGUGUCCGCCAGCGGGGAUCGCACCAUCAAAGUGUGGUCCACCUCCAGCUGUGAAUUUGUGCGCACUCUGAACGGCCACAAGCGUGGCAUCGCCUGCCUGCAGUACAGAGAUCGUUUGGUGGUUAGCGGCAGCUCCGAUAAUUCCAUAAGACUUUGGGACAUUGAGUGUGGUGCUUGUUUACGCGUCUUGGAAGGUCAUGAGGAGCUUGUGCGCUGCAUCCGUUUCGACACGAAACGCAUUGUAAGCGGUGCUUAUGAUGGAAAGAUAAAGGUCUGGGAUUUGGUGGCCGCUCUGGAUCCGCGGGCAGCCUCCAAUACCCUCUGCCUUAACACGCUCGUGGAACAUACUGGUCGCGUAUUUCGUUUGCAAUUCGAUGAGUUCCAGAUCGUAAGCAGCUCGCACGAUGAUACAAUUUUGAUAUGGGACUUUCUAAACUUCACACCCAAUGAGAACAAGACCGGCCGCACACCGUCACCGGCCCUGAUGGAACAUUAACAUUUUGUGCAACGGCAGCUGCGGGAGUUACACCUUGUGUCCUCCAGCGAUGAAGAGUUCGACAUCGAUGAUGGUGACGAGGAGGAUGAUGAGGAUGAGGAUGAAUACUAUGAUGAUGAGGAAGAUGAGGAGGAGGACGAGCAGGCAAGAGAUUAUGCUGGGGUGGAUUUUGGGGGAUAUGUUAGGCAUAUCGAUGCUGAUGAUUCGGGCUCUGGCCAAGGCGGUUCCGGUUCCGGUUCUGGUACCGAUCCAGAAUGGGACGACCUGGAGUACGAUAUAGAUGUUGAGAAUAUUGAUGAUUAUGAUGAGUGAUGAGCGUGAAUGAUAUUAAGCCAGCGUUACUACCAUACAGCAUUGAGACUCGUCUAUAUUUAAAAAAAAAAAUUAUGGAAAAAAAAAAGAAGAAAAGCAUGUUGAACCCAAGUUACAGCGAUCUCUGUGCAUCAAUUUUACAAUCACACACACACACAUAUACACCAACACCCACACCCGCACCCACACCAACACACACCACCACACCACACCACACACCACAAAAACAUUUAAAAAAAAACCCGCGCAACAUACGCAUAAUAUGAAUUAAUUGAAGUUAUAAAGCAAACACAAUAAAUGCAAAAGAAGUAUAGAAAAAAUGACAGAAUAUUUUUGCAAAACUGGCUGUUAGGUUUGUCAUGUAAAAAAUAAUAAUGAGAAAGAAAUGAGAAUGAACUAUAUACUAGUUACUUAGGCGCUGAAAAAAAAAAAAAAAAAUCAAUCGAAGGUCAGUCUUUGAAUUGUGCAUCCGGCCGAUCGGUGGAUCGAUCGGAGAUUAUUUUAAGUGUUUCUUUAGCUCAAAUAAACAAGCAUCGCAUCGCGUUUUGGCAGUUGUCGCCUCCGGAUAUUGAGGAUAAUGUUUAAUCUGGAUUCAGGCAUCCCAAAAACAAAAAAGCGGCUAGAUUCAGUUUUUAGCAUAAAUGUUAGUUAGAGUCGCUUCAUUGAAAUUGGCAAAGCAUCAUUUCGGUUGUCCGCAUUGCACAUUUCUAACCUAAUGCCUAAAUGUUUGUGUUAGUUGUAAAGGUACUUUUAAGCCUAGUAUUUUAUUGGCAAUUGUAAACUAAGUUAUCCCAAAAUAAAGAUAAUUUAAAUUAAUAUUGUAAACCCGACACGAACAGUGUCUCCAUAAUUGAUCAACAAAAUAUUACAAACAAGAAAAAAAAACAUAAAACCCAGAAAAGAUGAAACAGAAUUAAUAUAUGUAUUGCAAUAUAUAACCAAUUUUGAUUGAUUCUAUAUGUAUGAUGACUAUAGAUUCUAGUUAUAUACGGACGUAUGUAGAAUAUAGACAAUUUCCAGGCCGUUUCAUCAAUAUAUACAUAUAUUUAUAUAUUUACACCGAUCGUUGAUUGUGAUCAAGGAUACUUUUACUAUAUGUCUGUAUGUAUUGCUAUUUGUAAGUUAAGUUCCAAUGCUAUACUUGGUCCGAAUCCCAACCGAUUUGGAUCUCUGCUUCCGCGUUAACUAAUGUAUGUACAUAACGAUUAACUUAAAAUACAAAAAGGUUUAUUAAAAUAUGAAAAACACAUACUCCGGAAUAUGUAAAACUGUUAGUGGAAAGAAAGCAGCUUGUUAAAUGAUGUCUGAGCAACUGCAGAUUGCGCGAAUGGGCUUAGUAUAGGUACAGAUAACUAGAAAUAAUAAAUUGUGUAUAAAUGCUAAAA